UGACUCUCCCUUGCCUGUGACUUCACGUGUCUGUUUUGUAAAGUUCCAUGAGUCUGAGUCGGUGGGAGUAUCCCAACACCUGACGAACACCGUCUUCGUGGACAGAGCUUUGAUUGUGGUCCCUUUUGCUGAAGGUGGGUAUCUGUUUUAUCUUUGUCGCUGUCUGAUGACUAUCUCUGAACAUACAUCUCAUUGUCUAGAUUAUUUAAAUCAAAAUGCCAAUGUGAGCCAUUGUGAGUUUUUUCAGACCAAGCAAUAUUAGCUAAGCUUUUCAGUGCUUGGCAGUUCUAGGUAUGUAAAAGGGAAAAUGUACAUUUGUGUCCAUGUCUUAAAAUCUAGCUGUAAACCUCUCUCUCUGUUAUUUGUGUUGUGGUUUUCAUAGUGGACAAGUCAUUUGCAGAGAGCCCCUUCCUUGCUGGCUGAAAGUGGUCCUCUGCUGCCAUCAGAAAAAAAAUAUGGCACCAGGCUCGCAAGCCCCACUUCUCUUGUUCUGCAGUAAAAUAUUAACUCUUUAUUUUUUUUCUCUCUGUUCAAGGCAUCAUUUCUUUACAAAAAAAGUAGCCACACAACUCUUAAGCCAAAUACAGGGGGUUGGGAAGAGGGUGCAGGGUGCAGUCCUUACAUGUUUAAAGGACUUAAAUAAUUUUUAAAAUAAAAAUGUAUGCUGAUUAGUAGCCACACCCAGCUAGGGAUGCCCCGAGCAGAUCUGCUCAAGACUGAGCAAUUAUUAUUUAUUUAUUUAUGGUAAAUCAAUUAGUAUCCACUCCAAAUUGAGCAACUUCUGAUCUUCUGUUUAUAUUUUUGAACUCUGGGUGCACCAGUUCUGAAAGUAUUCCGUUAUGCCUGAAACAUUUAAUGCAUUUCUAUUCAUGAUAUCGACACUAAUGGCAUGCAUUAAAGAGAGACAAUGCAGCUUUUUCUUUUUUUAGAACUUUUGCAUAUCUCCUAUACCUCUUGAACUUGUACUGUUUAUGUUUCAUAGCAAAUAGGUGGAUCAUUUUGCUCCACAACAGGUCAACACUGAGGUUCAUUUGGAUUUUUGGAUUUUGUGCAUCAGUGUAGGACACCAUUAAAGACCCUGCACAUACACACUGGUGUUUUCAGUUAGUGGCUGAUUAAAUGUAUUUUUAGGUUCAAACAGGAUGGGAUUCUGUGGGAGUUUUCUUACACCAACAAACUCCAGUUGUAAGUUUCCCCUCCUUAUCAGGUGCUUCAGGUAGCAGAAUUAAGCACAGUCUUGCCGGUCCGCAAGUUUCUCAGGAGAAGUGUAAUCAGCCAAGUAAGUGAAAACACUGGCACAGGUGUAAUGUGGCUGUUUGGGUUCUCUGUUUAUUUUAUGCGGAGCUGUUCAGUAAACAUACCCCAAAUUCAUACUUAUUAUCAAGUCUAAUGUUGGCAUGAAGAAUGAUUUGCGUAACUUGCAUCUCAAAGGAAAAUAUAAAUAUAAGAUUAGAGCUCAGAUCCAGAAGAUACCUGUUCGGGACAUCCCAACACCAAGCACAAAGCAUGCAGGAUACAAGAACUAAUCGGCUGUGCAUGCUAGAGUAGACGUGGAGGUGUGUGCCAUCAUCUACAGUUUCACUAAGCAGAUGUGUUGAAAGUUAAUUAGCAUAUAAUUUGGCUAUUAGCACCUAAACUGACUUUGGCUUUGACCUGCUUCAUGUGCCAAAGCCUUGUUUCAUUUUACACUGUGCAUCUGUAAUUCCAAAUUGUCACUAACACACAAGAGAUAAUGUAGUUUUAAGCCUCUGCUUGAUGUUGCAGUAAAAUAUGCUUUUAUUGACCCUCUCCACACAUGACUCUGAAAGAGUUGAGUGACUCUCACGUUUAACAGUGGUGUUUCUUUUGUUGUUGUGUUUUACAGUUCUUUUUCCUGGUUCAGCCAGCCCUAUAUACCAGGCCCUGCUGAAAAUGCCACCAACAGUUUUGUCUUCUGCAGCCUUAUCCUGUUUCUCAAGUGUCCUUUCUGUUGUGUGUGUGUGUGUGUGUGUGUGUGUGUGUGUGUUUGCGCGCGCACGCAUGUGUGUGUGUCUCUCUCUCCCUCUCUCUCUCCCCCUUUUUUUAAAAUGUAAAAAAUGAGAUUACAUAAUUAGCCUGUUUUCAGAUUGCACAGCCAUGGAAGAUCAUCUCUAUAAGAUUUUCCCUUUGAUUAUACUGUUUGGUUUUCCUUCAGCUUUGGGCACAUUUUUAUUGUAUUAUCACAGCUUUUGCUUGCAAUAGCAUUAACAUGUCUAGUUCAGUUUAUCUUUGACAUUGUUUAGUGUUUUAAACUCUAGCAAUACAGUAGCUUCUUAGCUGUACCUAUUUCUGGUUGCAAAGUAAGUUAUUUGUUUUUUUUGUGGUGGGAUUGUACACGGUAACCACCGACAAUAGCCCAGAAAAGGUAAUAUGACCAAACCUUUUCUGUUUACUUUUUGUAUUGGUAAUGGUAAGUGAUGUUGAAAUGUACCAUUGUGUCUACACCCAAAUCAUGAACUUGUUUUCUGUAUCUCAAUGUUUUUGUGUGCUUUAUAGCGAAGCAGCCGGCGCGAGUCGCUUGUUCAUAAAACAUCUAAUGAAAGUUGAGAGCACAUCCCACGGGACAACUGGCUGUGCUUGCUUACGUUUGGUUCAUGACUUAAAAAACAAGUACAGGAGUCAUUCCUGAUGAAUCUAAAGCUAUGUCCCUGCUGGCUCCAGCCAAUGCCGUGGCAGGAAUGAUGCCUGGGGGAGGCCUUCUUCCAACACCCAAUCCUCUUGCAACAAUGGGAGGGACACCGUUCGGAGGUCUUGGAGCUCCAAACAUGGAGCAAAUGGCUGCCAUGGGAAUGCAAGGACCUAACAUGAAUCCCCAGGCUCUUUCUGCAGACUUCCUGAAGCUCAUGCAGUCCAUGGACCCCAAACUGAAUCCAUUAGCGGCCGGACUGAACUUGAAUCCAGGGAUGAAGAAUGAUGCUUCCAAUAAGGAGAUUGAAGAGGCCAUGAAGAGAGUCAGAGAGGCCCAAUCUCUCAUUUCUGCAGCUAUUGAACCAGGAAACAAGAAAGAUGACAAACGGAAACAUUCCCGCUCCAGGUCAAGGUCACGGCGCAGGCGGACUAGAUCUCGCUCAAGACACAGACGAUCAAAGAGCAGGUCUCGGCGGAGGUCCCAUUCUAGGAGUAGGAGGAGGUCAAAGAGUCCACGAAGGAGGAGGUCCCACUCCCGGGAAAGAGGCCGCCGCAGCAGAUCAAGGGACAGGAGAAAGGAGGAAAAGUCUAAAAAGAGGUCUAAGACACCCCCCAAGAGCUACAGCAGCGCCAGGAGGUCUCGAAGCAUUAAUCGAAGGCACAGGCGAAGCCGCACUGCAUCUCGAUCCCCUAAGAGGAGGGUGUCCAGGUCUCCAUCACCCAGGCGACAUAAGAAGGAGAAAAAGAAGGACAAGGAACGUGAAAAGGACCGGGACAGAGAAAGGAGGGAGGACAGGGACCGGAGCCGAGAUGAAAGAGAACGCUCCACUAGUAAGAAGAAGAAAAGCAAAGACAAGGAACGAGACCGGGACCGCAAAUCAGAUAGUGAGAAAGGAGAUGUUAAGGUGACUCGCGAUUAUGAUGAAGAGGAGCAAGGUUACGACAGCGAAAAAGAAGUGGAGGAGGAUGAUGACGAGAGGAAGAGCGACUCUGAUUCUGCCUCAUCCCCAAAAGGCCAGGAAGAGAUGGAGAGAUCUGAGGGACAAAUCCCCAAAAAGUCCAAGCUGAAUGGAGACGAUCACCAUCAGGAAGAUAUGGAAAUGAGCGACUAAGAACAUCCUGAAUCUGAUUGUGUUAUCCUCCCACUGUCCCCUUUUUUAUAUUUUUAAUAUAGGUCACAUGUCUGUGCCUGAUCUCAAGAAGUAUAAAAGAUGUGUUGUCUUAAAUGUAUAAGCAUUUGGGGUGUUUGUAGAAGGAAGAAACUCAAAUUUUGUAUAAAUAAAAAAUAGACUAAGAUUUGGUUAACAUGAGACGUGGUUUUAAAUUGUCAGUACUGUACUUUUUUAAGACCCUUAUUAUUUUUGUUGCCUUUGUGUUCAAACUUCGUCCACCUACUGUAGAAAAUACACAGAAUUAUUCAGUAAAAUGUUGUCUCUAAAUAUUUUACAAGUCAACACUGAGUCCUUUCCUUCCUCAGGCUCUAAGUAACUCUUCACCCAGCACCAACUUUGUGUCAAGUUUUUGGUUCGGCUGAAUUUUUGCUUUAAGUGCAACACAUCCGGUCCUGUUCAGCAGGCCUUCCUAUUUACACCCCUAUGUAAGUGUACAAUGUAGAUUGAAACGUGUUGUUGCAAUGAAAUACUUUGUCUGCAUUAGGUUUUCUGAAGGAGACUAAUAAAAAAAAAUGGUGAAAAUGU